UGGAUGUCCUCUGGGUACUCUCCGGAUGUCCUCCGGAGAAGGUGUGUUGUUAGGGACAUGUGUAUGUGUAUGUGUGUGUUCUAAAAAAGCAGGAAAAAAAUAAAAAAUAAAUAUAGCAGAAAACAUUUUUUUAUUUACAGUGCACAAAUGGAGAUAAUAUCUGGAAAAAGAAAGGGCAGUUAUUUGUAUGUAUAUGAAGGAUGUACAUACAAUAUUGAUAAAAGAUACAAUUACAUAUAUCGUUAUGCAAAAAGACGUAUUACAGCAUGUAAAGGUCUGCUAAUUAAAGAAAAUGAAAAGUUUAUUGUAGACUGUACACAUAAUCAUCCAAGUGAGCUUUAUAUAAGUGAUAUUUUAAAUCUAAAAAAAGAAAUGCUUCAAAUGUGUAAAGAAACCACUAUAACGAAUAAAGAAAUAUUUGAUACCGUUUGUCAAAAAAAUCCAAAUGCAGCAGCUAAUAUUUCAUAUCAUGCUAUGAGAAAUCUGUUAUCAAGGGAAAAAAUCAAAAUGCGUCCUCCGUUACCUUUGAAUGUAUGUGAUCUUGGCGAUUUGCUUCAAGAUUAUGAACCUACAAAAUAUAUUUAUAAAGGCUGUGUUAUAUCUGAAGAUAACAAGUAUUCCUACAUACUUACUAGUGAUAAGCUUCUAAGAAUAUUAGAGAAAUGUUCUGAAAUUUUUAUAGAUGGUACAUUUACUGUUGUACCUAGAGCACCAAACUUUGCACAAUUAUUUUCAGUACAUGUGCGGUACAUGGACAAGGGUAUUGCAGUAUUAUUUAUUUUGUGUGAAGCCAGAACACAAUUAGUUUACAAAUCCAUAUGGAAAGAAAUUAUAAAACUGGUUCCUGAUUUGCAAUGUAAUUUGCGUUUCAUAAUGAUGGAUUACGAAAAAGCAUCGAUGAACGCUAUCCAUGAACAAUUUCCCCACGCAUCUCUACGAGGCUGCUGGUUUCAUUAUUGUCAAGCUGUUCUGAAAAGGUGGAAACGAUUAGGACUUUUAAAAGCACCGGGCAAAAUAGUAUCCAUGGCAAUGACAUUAGCAUUAGCACCACCAGAAAUGUUUUCAGAAGGUUUAACUCUUAUGCAAAUCAUUGCGGAUGAGGAAUCUGAUAAUUAUCCUAACAUGUUACUUUUUAUGAAGUAUAUGAGAAGCACAUGGCUUCCAAUAUCGAAUAAAAUAAGUGUAUAUGGAUGCCCAAUUCGAACCAAUAAUCUUGUAGAAUCAUUUCAUAAUAUUAUGACGCAGAAAAUGCAAACAGUUCAUCCAAAUCUUUGGAUAUUUUUAGAUAACAUUUCGAAAUUAAUUACGGAUCAAGAAAUCAAUUACGAUCGUUUAUUAAACGGUCUACAAAUAACAAGAAAUCGUUGUCGAUUCAAUAAAUAUAGAAAUACAAAGAUACGAGAAGCACAAAAUUAUCUAUCUAUUGUUGCAACUGCUGAUAUUGCUGAUAUUGAAGACGAAAGUCAAAGCAUUCUUUCUUAUUCAGAAAAUAUAGAGAACAUAUUUAUGAAGUUCCCGAUGAUGAUUAUGGUUACUGGAUUAAUAAUGAAGAUACAGAGGAAGACGAACAAGAAAUACCAUUUUUAUCUAUUAAGAAUAUAAAAUCAACUAUAAAUACGAACAGUUUAUAUGAAAAAGGAAGAUGUAUCAUAUGCUUAGUUGAAAAAUCUGAGAUAGUUUUUAUACCAUGUGGGCAUUUAUGUUGCUGCAAAAACUGCAUACAAAAGUUAUUACAAGAAAGAUGUCCUGCUUGCAACAACACCUACAGUAACUACAUGC